AUGACCGGCAUCGAAUUCGCAUCUCAGCCUCAGAGCGUCGCAUCUGAGAAUGCAGCAGCAGAGAGCCCCCUAAUACUGCCGCCCGUAUCCCCCAAAAGGCUCUCGGUCUCAGCCUAUAGUGGGAGUGAUUGUGAUCCUGAAGUGCAGUUCAAUCUGCGUACUUCAGGCGUAGCUCUCCACGAUGAGUUGCAGUUUGAGCUCACUGAGGAGCGCAAGCUUCGAGAAAAGGCAGAGAGCGAACUGUGUGAGAUGAAGUCCAAGGCCAAGGACAUUCGACAGCGCUGGAAGCUAGCAGCGCGAGAACUUAACAAAAUCCAGAGGCAGGGCCAAGGUUCCGGAUUCUACCAGGUUACAGAUAAUUACCUGAUUGACUUGAUAACGCGGCUGAGAUACAACAUUCGGAAUAUCGCUAUCCAGUACUUUUCGGAGCCGCUGGAUAGGGUUCGACGGCCUCUGGAGAAUAGUGUUCUUUACGCGACCCUGGAAUCCACUACCCCUGGGUCUGACAAAUUUUUUGAAUAUUUACUUAGCUCGGCACAGCGUCCGAAGAUCAUUCAGGCGUUCUUUUGGAACGUUCUUGUUGAUGAUGUGUUCAAUCGUUUCAGAUGGGCUGGUAGGGGCUCCCGCUCGAUGUGGAAGCUAUACAGUAUACUGAAACCCGACACAGAAGGGAAGACAUAUCUGAACCCUGAGGCGGAAAAGAGAUUUCAUGUCUGGAGAGCCAACACAGUCGGCCUUCUCUUAGAUUCGAUGACUAGGGAGUUGAGUCAUGAAGUGGACGAGGAAGUCCAACAAUGGAAGGCCAAGACUAUCGACCAAGUCGAGGCCGUGAUCUAUUGGUAUCGAUCGCCCGAUAGUGAGGGAUAUCAAGAGGAGUUUCUGAGAAUUCUUGACGAGGCACUCGAACUCGACAAAGAAAUCAGUAGACAAGUAACUGGGGUGCGAUUUUUAUUCCACGAGCAAGAAAGUAAUCCCGUUUUUGACCCCUCUAUGAUGGAGUUGGAGAAGGACGAAAAGGUGUCGGGAGGGAAGCAGAAGGUCUCCCUGGUAACCUCUCCGGCCGUCGUGAAAAGAGGAAAAUCCACCGGGGAGAGUUUCAAUGAGGCAACCUUGCUGUUGCGUAUGGAGGUGACGUGUGAGGAUCCUCGAAGAUGA